AUGAGCACCUCUGUUUACAACUCUCUUUCUCAACCCUUCUUACUCUCCCCCUCUCUGUUAGUUUCUGACUCUCUUUCUCUCUUUAUACAUAACUAUCUUUCUCUCUGCUUCUCUCUGUUCAUAAAGCCUUCUUCCCUUUUUAGCUUGCUUCACUCUCAUUUUUUUGUUUCUCUCUUUCUAAGUUUGUUCCUAAGUCUCUCUCUUUCUUUCUCACUAUCCAUAACUAUUUGUUACUCUCCUUCCAUCUCUCUCUCUCUCUCUCUCUCUUUAUUUGUAACUUCUUCCUUCUCUCUCACUUCAUGCAUAACACUUAAUUUUUCUGCUAGUAACCCUCUCUCUGUUCAUAACAAUCUCUCACUCUACUGUUUCUCUAUCCAUAGCUAUUCGCAACUUUCCUUGCCUCUCUCACUCUUUACUUAUAAUUCUCCUUCCCACUCUCUCUCUCUCUCUUUAUUUAUAACUCUCUUUCUCACUCUCCCUUUCUUUAUUCGUAACUUUUCUCCCUUCUUUCUCUUUAUUUGUAAGUCUCUUUCCCCUCUCUCUAUUCUGUUGUUAAUUAUCUUAGCUCGUUCAUAUCUAUCUCAAUCCAUUUUAUAUCUAUGUCUUAAAACCUGGCAUUUUGCUUUCUUUCAUUGUCGCCGAGACGAGCACGUCCCCGCUUCGCUCGCUUGCCUCGUCCGGGUUGCCCACCAUCCGAUCCCUGAGAUGACACACGCGAAGCGUUAUUGGUUAGCUUUGUCGUGUCGCCACAGCCACUGCGACCGCCUGGCAUUGCUUAAGCCCCGCCUCCCUCGACUAAAGACACCCACUUGCUUGGUGUAUAAGAUUGGAAAAUCCUGCGCAUAUCGGUUGGCCUCAUUCGCAGACCAUUAA